AAGCAGCAGUCACAUGACACGUUUCCUGUCAAGAUGGCGGAUAAUCUCCCUUCGGAGUUUGAUGUGAUCGUAAUAGGGACGGGUUUGCCUGAAUCCAUCAUUGCAGCUGCAUGUUCACGGAGUGGCCAGAGGGUUCUGCAUGUUGAUUCAAGAACCUACUAUGGAGGAAAUUGGGCCAGUUUCAGCUUUUCAGGACUGUUGUCCUGGCUAAAGGAACACCAGGAAAACAGUGAUGUUGUGACUGACAGUUCAACAUGGCAAGAACAGAUCCUUGAAAAUGAAGAAGCCAUUCUUCUUAGUAGGAGGGACAAAACAAUUCAACAUGUAGAAGUAUUUUGUUAUGCCAGUCAGGAUUUGCAUGAAGAUGUUGAAGAAGCUGGUGCACUGCAGAAAAGUCAUGUAUCUGUGACACCCACGAGCUCCACAGAAGCUGCAAAGUCUGUCUGCUUGCUUACUGAAGAUGAGUCAUUAAGCACCGUGAGCUGUGAAAUAGCCACAGAACAAACUCCAGGCAGUGAUGCAGAGAGUGCCCUACAAGUAAAUGUUGCCGAAGUGGCAGGGGAGAAAGAAAACCAUAGUGAUGAUAAAACUUCAGAAGAGGAAACAAGUGAACAUGUGCCUACAGUACAAGAUAACCCAAAGCAACCAAAGAGAAAUAGAAUUACUUACUCACAUAUUAUUAAAGAAGGUAGAAGAUUUAAUAUUGAUUUGGUAUCAAAGCUUCUGUAUUCUCGGGGAUUACUAAUUGAUCUUCUAAUUAAAUCAAAUGUUAGUCGGUAUGCAGAAUUUAAAAAUAUUACCAGGAUUCUUGCCUUUCGAGAAGGAAGAGUGGAACAGGUUCCAUGUUCCAGAGCAGAUGUCUUUAAUAGCAAACAACUUACUAUGGUAGAAAAACGAAUGCUUAUGAAAUUUCUUACAUUUUGUAUGGAAUAUGAAAAACACCCUGAUGAGUAUAAAGCAUGUGAGGAAAUUACAUUUUGUGAAUACUUAAAAACCAAAAAUUUAACCCCCAACCUACAAUAUUUUGUCCUGCAUUCAAUUGCAAUGAUCUCAGAGACAACCAGCUGUACUGCAGAUGGACUCAAAGCUACCAAAAAGUUUCUUCAAUGUCUUGGGCGGUAUGGCAAUACUCCAUUUCUGUUUCCCUUAUAUGGCCAAGGAGAGCUUCCUCAGUGUUUUUGCAGAAUGUGUGCUGUGUUUGGUGGAAUCUAUUGUCUUCGCCAUUCUGUACAGUGCCUUGUAGUGGACAAAGAAUCCCACAAAUGCAAAGCAAUCAUAGAUCAGUUUGGUCAAAGAAUACUAUCUAAACAUUUCCUUAUCGAGGACAGUUACCUUUCUGAGAACACAUGCUCCCGCGCACAAUAUAGGCAGAUCUCCAGGGCAGUCUUGAUUACAGAUGAGUCUGUACUAAAAGCAGAUUCGGAUCAACAGAUCUCCAUUUUGACAGUGCCAGCAGAGAAACCAGGAAGUUUUGCUGUUCGGGUCAUUGAGUUGUGUUCUUCAACAAUGACAUGCAUGAAAGGCACAUAUUUGGUGCAUUUGACUUGCAUGUCUUCUAAAACAGCAAGAGAAGAUUUAGAACCAGUUGUACAGAAAUUGUUUACUCCAUAUACAGAAACUGAAGCAGAAAAUGAGCAGAUUGAAAAGCCAAGAAUUCUAUGGGCACUCUACUUCAAUAUGAGAGAUUCUUCAGACAUCAACAGAGAUUGUUAUAAUGACUUACCAUCCAAUGUUUAUGUGUGCUCAGGCCCAGACUGUGAUUUAGGAAAUGAUAACACAGUCAAACAGGCAGAAACACUUUUCCAGCAAAUCUGCCCCAAUGAAGACUUCUGUCCACCCCCACCAAAUCCAGAAGAUAUUGUCCUUGAUGGAGACAGCUCACAAGCGGAGGCCUCAGAGGCCAACUCAGAGACUCUCAAGGAAACUACAGAUGUGAGAAAGCCAGAGGAGCCUGCUGAGUAGUAGAUGUGCAUCAGAUUUGAUACCCCACUUUGGAAAUUCCUCUUGGCUUCAAUGUACUUGAUGGAGGAGUGUUUGAAAACUCUUAGAAGGCAAUAGCCAAUUGAUAGGCAAAAUUACAAGAAGAAAUAGGUCACAGAAAAUGAAAAGGGUAUCCAAGAAAAUAGACCACUUGCAAAGCACAUCGACUUGCCUGUUUUAAGAUACCAAACCCAUGAGGUUAGCAGAUGAAAAUUAUAAAUGGACUGAUUCCCAGCAAUGUAGCUAUGAAAGGGAUCCUAUGCAUUGUUAAUUAUUACAUGGUGUUUACACAAAUUUGUUUGCCAAUUAAGAUUUUUUUUGAAAACUGCAUCUUUAGAAUUGGCUCACAUAUUCACUUUGGUUAUUUGAACUGCAUUUUCAUGCUGGGUAUGAGAAUCAUGCUAUAAAUGUUAAAAGCAUAUGUUAAUACAAUGGAGAAAAACUAUCAUAAUCCAGGCAAGAGCCUAUGUUUGAAAGAAAAGUUACUUUAUUUUCUAUGUUAACAACGGGAAAUGUUGAACCUAAGAUGUUUAGACAUUUUAAUAAUCAUGAAUCCAUUUCUUAGUAGUCAUUUGAAUGUGAAUCAUGUAGAUAUUCACAGAAGCUCAGAAAUGAAGAAAUGGAAGAAUGGAAGAGAAGUUACUCCACGAUUCUCCGGAAGUCUGGUGACUGGAGCACUGACUUCCUUGUCUAUAGACCUAUUUUGAUCAUGGCUAUACUACAUAUAACAUUAGGUACACUGUUUCACUUAUCUUCAGUUCCUUGAUAUAUAAAGUGCAAAUUCUAUGCCUAGUCUGUCAAAGUGAUUAUGAAGGUAAUUGCAUUGCCAUCUAGAUUGUUUUUCUGGGAAAAAAUACUGUUUCUAAACUUUCCUGUUGAUUGACCUGUGGAUAAAUAUCAAAUGACCUCAUGAUCACAGUGUUGUUUUUAUUGCUAUAGACUUUUUAAAUGAAAGCCUAUUUCUUAAAUUCAUAUUUAAUAGUCUUUAUAAGCCAUUAAACAUAGUAACAGGUGGAAUGGUGGUUUUUGAAGUCCUAGGAAUACUUUAUAAAUUUAUAUUACUUUUUGGGCAACUAAACCUGAAAGCAUCAAGAACUGAACAGAUUAUGACAGCCAAUAAACCCUAAUGCACACUUCACAUUAAAAUAUGAGGGCUAUACAUAGGCAGCAAAUCUAGCUACAAUGCCUGUAUUGAAAUUUUUCCAAGCUCCUAUAGUCUACUUCUUUGAGCAAUACUUUGGGCCUAGAACUACCUGUAAAUAAAUAAAGAAUACAUAACAAACUCAACGUCUCCUGUCUGGAGUCAAAGCGCAAAUGAAAAGCACAGAGUUCUUCAUGAGCAGCUGGUCCCUGAUCUCUCCAGUUCUCAAACAAGAUCUUAAAGGAAUGUAGCUCUUGCCAACCCCUGUACAUAGAGCUGAAUUGAGAAAAAAGGAACAACUUCCCAGGCUUUCAGGCAGUUCAUCUCAGGCUGCCUCUGCCUCACAGUGUGCAGCCCUCCCCUUCUCUGUGCUUCCCUUUCCCUUUUUUUAAUGUCACACAAAUCAGGGACAGAAGCACAUUAUAACCUAGUUUGUCAUAAUUCAGCUCUUAAGUCAGAUAAUAUUUCCUGAAGCCCAACUGGGGAUGCACUAAAUGCCCAGUACAUACUUGUAAGUAUAUCAGGUGUUGGUUUUGCCUCUUCAUACCAGCAAUAUAAAACUUUCCCUUAGGUGAGAGUAGUAAGUUGGAAUAUAAUCACAGUAAGAUGCACCAAUAAAAAUGUUAUACUUUGUUAUAGUCUUAGAGUUAAGGCCUCUGGAAUGCAGCAUGCUUGUUUCUAUAGGAGACAAUCAGGGUAGGUCAGCUUAGCAAAACUAGAAAAAAUAUCAUCUAUAUUACAACUGUCUAUAUAUAGAGCGAUGCAGCAGCCAUUUCACACUGUCAAGGCCCAGCUCGUAUACUGUAUCUUUUUCAUCCUGUCAAUGCUAUCAGAAUCCGUCUUCCAGGUCAUUUAUUAAAUAUUGUUGAAAUGCUUACAAGCUCCUGAAUAUGAUUAGUGAUGGUUAAAAAAAAAAAAAA